UCAUUUAGAACCAUUUCUGUAGCAGCCAUGGCCACCUUCGUGGGGCUCAGUACCAAAGCCAAGAUGCCCAUCGUGGGCCUGGGCACCUGGCAGUCUCCUCCAGGGAGAGUCAAGGAAGCCGUGAAGGCCGCCAUUGACGCCGGGUAUCGCCACAUUGACUGUGCGUACCUCUAUGAGAACGAGAGUGAAGUGGGAGACGGGAUUAGAGAGAAGCUCCAGGAGGAGGCUGUGAAGCGGGAGGACCUCUUCAUCGUCAGCAAGCUGUGGCCCACCUUCUUUGAGAAAGGCCUGGUGAAGAAAUGCUUCCAGAAAACCCUCUCGGAUCUGAAACUGGACUAUCUGGACCUGUAUCUAGUUCACUGGCCGCAGGGAUUCCAGCCUGGGAAGGAGUUUUUCCCCACAGACGAUAAAGGCAAUAUUCUUACCAGUAAAUACACAUUCCUGGAUGCUUGGGAGGUCAUGGAGGAACUGGUGGACCAGGGGCUGGUGAAAGCCCUGGGCGUCUCCAACUUCAACCACUUGCAGAUCGAAAGGCUCCUGAACAAGCCUGGCCUCAAACAUAAGCCAGUGACCAACCAGGUCGAGUGUCACCCGUACCUCACUCAGGAGAAACUGAUCCAGUACUGUCACUCCAAGGGUAUCACUGUCACAGCCUACAGCCCCCUGGGCUCUCCAGCUAGGCCUUGGGCCAAGCCAGGGGACCCUUCACUCCUAGAGGACCCCCAAAUUAAGGAGAUAGCUGCAAAGCACAAGAAAACCCCAGCCCAGGUUCUGAUUCGGUUCCACAUCCAGAGGAAUGUGGCUGUCAUCCCCAAGUCUGUGACACCAGCGCGUAUACGUGAGAACUUCCAGGUCUUUGACUUCAAGCUGAGUGAUGAAGAGAUGGCCACCAUUCUCAGCUUCAACAGAAACUGGAGGGUCUGUUCCCUGCCUAUGACAAUUAAUGCGGAGGACUACCCUUUCCAUGUGAACUACUGAAGCAUCAUCGACUGAGAAGAGUGUCUCAUGGAUUCUCUUUGCCAAUGUGCAAAGUCCUCCUGAGAAGUAUUUAAGUUAAGGCUGUUUGAUAUCAUAUCACAUUGUAUCACAUUGUAUCGUAUCAUAUCAUCAUAUCAUCAAGCAGGUCUUGAUGUUGGCCAAAUCAAGGCAAUGCCGUAUUCAAAUCCUCAUUGUUCAACCAGGAGCAGACUACUUUGGGGAAAUGUGACACAAAGAAGGGAACUGUACUCUCUCGAAUAUAAUUUGAUGUGCUUGUCAAACACCAGUAGCCAUGGUAACACUGAAAGUACAAAGAUGAAAUAAUAAAAGUAAUAAUAGUAAUCAACA